AUGAAUUUUCACAGCCACCGAUAAUAUCAUGAUUUAGGUGAUCAGGUAAUACCGAUAAUUAAUAUACAUACUUUUUAAUUUAACGUUUAGGUAAUUAUCCAUUUGGUACGACCUUUAACCUUUCAACUUAAACCCAAAGACAAAAUGGCCGCUUACGUGUCGAACAUGUACAGGAUAUUUUCUCGUGAAUUGACUUCAGUUUCAUUCCAGUUUCGUCAAUAUCGGUCCUGCCUGCAGAGGCUAGCGGUGAAGCCGGUCCACCCGCCUGCACUGUUUUCACACCAGCUGGGGAGCUCAGCAGCAUCCCGGCAGAAGGAGGCAGACGUUCAGGUGUCACAGACUUUGGAUCGGUACAAACAAAGACCCUGGGAUUACCUGGAGAGCGAAGAGUAUGUUGAGCGGUAUGGAAGCAGUGCGGUGUGGGCAGGCUACAGGAGGAACCAUAAAGGAGGCAUCCCACCCCAGACGACACGCAAGACUUGCAUUAGAGGAGAUAAGAUAUGUGGGAACCCCUGUCCAGUCUGUAGAGAUCCUAACAUCAUCAUUCACCAUCAGAAUGUGAAGUUACUCCAGCAGUUCAUCAGUCCCCAUACUGGAAUGGUGUACGAUCCCACUCUAACUGGUGUGUGUAUGAAACAACAAAAAAAGCUUAAUGAAGCCAUCGACAAAGCAAGAGACGAUGGUUUACUUCCUUUUCAGAUUCCAUAUGUGGAAUUUUCAGGAGAGGACUAUUCUAACAGUCAUGAUGCUGUUGGGCUCACAUCACCUCCACUGUUCCUAAACUCCAGUGCAAACUGGUAUACCUGGUACGGAGAAAUAACGCCUGAUGAUACAACACUGAAUCAAGUCAAGAAGACAUACAAGGCUUAUUUAAAACGCUAGUAUCAUGAAAGAAUCUCUGUACACAUAACUAAACUAAAUAAAACAAAAAUGCAAUUGAAA